CUGUGUCCCACGGACACAAUGGAUCACCGAUCACAGAAAGAGCCGAAGAUGUCAGCUCGGUCAUGUGAUUAGCUGUGUCCAAUCACAGCUGAUCACAUGGACAUGUACACUGAUCAUCAGGGCACUGAUAAUCAGUGUGCCCUGAUGAUCAGUGUAGCCCCAGCAGUGCCACCUGUCAGUGUCAAUCAGUGCCUCGUGCCAGUGCCACAUCAGUGCCCAUCUGAGCUGCCUUUCAGUGUCACCCAUCAAUGCCAGUCAGUGCCACCUAUCAGUGCUGCCAGUCAGUGCCACCUAUCAGUGCUGCCAGUCAGUGCCGCCUAACAGUGCCAGUCAGUGGCGCCUAACAGUGCCAGUCAGUGGCGCCUAACAGUGCCAGUCAGUGGCGCCUAACAGUGCCAGUCAGUGGCGCCUAACAGUGCCAGUCAGUGGCGCCUAACAGUGCC